AUGGAACCCGCCAUGUUUGCGGCAGCCCCCCAGGCGGGCACCUUCAUGCCGCACCAGACGCAAGGGCAUGUGCUAUGCUGCCUGUGCGGCACCUCCAUCACGCCCAACCCCACCAACAUGUGCGUCAACUGCAUCCGCACCCAAGUGGACAUCACCGAGGGCAUCCAGAAGCAGGUCACGGUGCUGUGGUGCAAGAGCUGCGGCCGCUACCUGCAGCCGCCCAAGCACUGGCUCAAGGCGGACCUGGAGUCCAAGGAGCUGCUGACGUACUGCAUCAAGCGGGUCAGGGGGCUGUCCAAGGUCAAGCUGGUGGAUGCCGCGUUUGUGUGGACAGAGCCGCACAGCAUGCGGCUCAAGGUCAAGCUGACCAUCCAGGGGGAGGUGCUCAACGGCGCCAUCCUGCAGCAGUCGUUUGUGGUGGAGUAUGUUGUGGAGCGCUACAUGUGCCCCACCUGCAACCGCCAGAACGCAAACCCCAACGCAUGGGUGGCAUGCGUGCAGGUGCGCCAGCACGUCAGCCACAAGCGCACCUUCUUCUUCCUGGAGCAGCUCAUCCUGAAGCACAGCGCCGACGAGUCAUGCGUCAACGUCAAGGAGAUGCACGAGGGCGUCGACUUCUACUUUGCCAACCGAGCCCACGCCAUCAAGUUCAUCGACUUCCUGCAGACGGCGGUGCCCAUACGCUACAGGCACGACAAGCAGCUGGUGAGCCACGACGUGCACACCUCCAACUACAACUACAAGUACACCUUCUCGGUGGAGGUGGCGCCGCUGUGCAAGGACGACCUGGUGUGCCUGCCCGCCAAGCUGGCGGCCUCGCUGGGCAACAUCGGGCCAGUGGUGGUGGUGACCCGCGUCACCAACGCUAUCACCCUCACAGACCCGCUCAGCCUGCGGCAAGCGGUGCUAGAGGCGGGCGCCUACUGGCGCAACCCGCUGAAGCCCAUGAUGGGCAGCCGCCAGCUCACCGAGUUCUACAUCCUCGACUCGGAGGUGGUGGCGCCCACAGGCGGGUAUGGACACAACCCUAAGUGGGCGCUGGCCAGCUGCGAGGUGGCGCGUGCCGCAGACUUUGGGUCAAACGACCAGACCUUCUUUGCGCGCACCCACCUGGGCCACCUGCUGCACGCGGGCGACUCGGCUGUGGGAUACGACGUGGCCAACGCCAACCUGGUGGACCCGGAGCUGGAGAAGGCGGUGCACAAGGGCCUGACGCUGCCCGACGUGGUGCUGGUGCGCAAGUCGUAUGAGGAGCGGCGGCGGCGGCGGCGCGCGCGCGGCGACCAGCAGCGCGCCUGGCGCCUCAAGCGCCUGGCGGUGGACGUUGGGGAGGAGGAGGCGGCGGCGCAGAAGGCGGCGGCGCAGCAGCCGCACCACGGGCGCGGGAUGUCCAGCCUGGAGCAGGAGCAGGCGGACCUGGAGCGCUUCAUGCAGGAGCUGGAGGAGGACCCCGACAUGCGUGCCCGCGUGGCGCUGUACCGCGACCCCAACUACCAGGCAGCUUCCGCGGCGGCAGCGCCGCGGCAGCAGGCGGCCAUGUCCGACACGGACGAGGAGGAUGGGGAUGUGCCUGAGGUGCCGCUGGAGGAGCUGCUGGAUGACCUGGCGGCCCUGGGGCUGGACGAGGAUGAGGAGGAGCAUGGCGGCGGCGGCAGGCAUGGCGGCGGCGGCGGCGAUGCCAUGAUGGAGUGA